UGAUCUAAGAGGCGUGCCACAUUGAACGCGCGCAUGUUUGUUUGCAGGCGCUAUUGACGUCAUGGACCGUUCGGUCGGUGAAGUGUUGGCGGCGCUGCAGUCGCGAGGCAUGCUCGCCGACAGCGUGGUGGUAUUUGCAAGCGACAACGGUGGCGGACCGCUGAUCUCGCCGGCCACUCAGUACCCCAACGCUGGCUCCAACUGGCCCCUCCGAGGGGUCAAGCAGGAAGUUUGGGAAGGCGGCGUGCGGACGCCCGCGGUGUUCUGGUCCGGACGUUCCAGCGGAAGCUUGCCCCGACCCCCGUCGCAGCAAGUAGUGCACAUCUCCGACUGGGCGCCCACGCUAUACGCUGCCGCAGGUGGCGACCCUCGAGACCUCGGUGACGUGGACGGCAAGAACCAGUGGGAUCUGCUGUCCGCUGGUACAGGCAACGGACGCCAGGAGGUGCUGCUGGACAUAGAAGGCAGGCAACAAGUGGCAGCUCUCAUCUCCGGCAGGUACAAGCUAGUGAGUCGACCCAGCGGUCCUAGUGACCCGCAGCUCGACGCUCAAGUGGGCCCUCCGCAAGGGCAACCUCCCGAGGACGUCGACCUGGACGCCCUCGUGACGUCAUCGGCAGCCUGGCAGGCGCUGCAGAACGCCUCCAUCGACGCCGGCGGGCGGAGCCAGUCUUCGCCGCGAGCCAACUGGCGCCAGGAGGCAACGCUCAACUGCAGCGCCUCACCGAGUAACGACAGCACGCGGAGCAACUUCGAUCCGUACGACGAUGUCUUCGUGUUUGACAUCUUCAGCGACCCGUGCGAGCUUAACAACCUCGCAUCGUCCAAUACCAAGCUGCGUGAUGAGUUGCUGAGUAAGCUGGCCGUGUACCGGAAAAUCGCUUCGCAUCGGCCCACCAACUACGAAAGUGACGAGCGCGGCUACCCAGAGCAUCACCGCUGCACCUGGUCACCAUGGAUACGUGUGAAGCCGGCGCCGUAUCAGAACUGCUCCUGUUGA